ACGACAGGUGGUCGACGGCUCGACCCAGCUAUUGCGAACGAACAUCGACUUCUCAUGCUCAUCAUCAGCCGCUAUCGUGCUCAAGUAAGAGCGAUAUGCAGUGCUUUGUGUUGAAGUGGUCGUGGUGACAUGGCGUCCGUAUUUUAAACGUUGUGAAUGGUGUAAAUAGUUCAAAAUAGUAGUUUAUUUACAAUGAAUGUGAAUUAUGAUCGUGUUUGUAGACUGUGCUUGUCAUCUCGAGGCGAAUUACUGCCGAUAUUCCCUACCACCAGUUCGGAUGACUCGGAACCUCCUGUCCUUGUGUCGAAAAUAAAGGAUUGCGUGUCCGUUCAGAUAAACGAAAAUGACGAACUGCCCACUAAUGUCUGCAGGAAAUGCUUGGAUAAUGUCAAUAACUGGCAUAUAUUCAAGACAGUUUGUGAAAGGACACAAAACAAACUACAAUCUCUGAUUCAUAAAGAGAGCAGCCAUCUAGAAGAGGUUCACAUUAAAACUGAACCAAAUGAAGGAUUAUCAGAUGGUGGUUAUGAUGAUGGGAUUGCUAUUGAUGGAACAUAUCCAGAUAUUGAGAAUGCCGGGCCCUCUAAUAAAAUCCAACCUGAAGGACCUCCAAUAUUGGCAUCUUUGGGACUCACUCCAAGAAGUGAUAAGGGUGUGGAAAGCGAAAAAGAUGAAGAGGAAGAAGAUGAAGAGAUGAAUGAACAACAAAACUUUCCGACCCCGCCCAAUGUACCAGAAGUUUCUAUUACGGUAAUGCGCCCUACAGGAGAAACGUUACACGCACGGCAGGGCAUACAGCAACUAGCUUCAAAGGAUUGCCUAGUCUGUGGCCGAUCCUACAGGUACUCACAUAAUGCCCGACGUCACGAACUCACGGCGCAUAGCUUCGAUAGAUAUACAAAUAAAAUUACAAACAAAAAAUCUAAUCGUAUGCAACCAAAACUGAGGCCUAAUCCAUUCAAUCCUAAGGCCCGUUUAAUGCCAAAUCCUAUAAGCCAUAAAAUGCAACUCAUUCCAAAUACUCCGAUGGCCAUUAAGAUGAUGCCACAAAAAACUAUCAUACCACCAAAACCCAUUCCUAUUAAGAAUAUCAAACAACAACAAAACAAUCUGCCAUAUCCUUUACGUAUUAAAGCAUUAAAAGAUUUGCAAAUCAAAAAGAAAGAACCACAAAUAUUGAAGACGCUACUUACAACGAAGCCUGAGGUGUUAGUAUCUGAACCUGAAAUUCUCAACUCAGGUCCGGAGAGCCCUGAGACAUUAAUAUCAGAACCUGAAAUAGCUUCUUUUCAAGUAGAGACUAUUCUAUCAGAGCCCGAUGGCUUCAUAAAUCAUCAAGAUGAGGGAGAAAAUGAUGAGGAAAUGCGAAAUCAAAGCCAGAAUUAUGACACUGUUGACAUGGACUCUGAUAAUGAGAUCGAAAUCGCUCGUCAACAUGAAAAUCAACCUGAAGGUGACCAAAUUGAUAAUCAGAAUGAAAUGGAAACAGAGCAGACUAUAAAUAACGAGGAAAAUGAAAAUGAGGAACAGAACGAUACUGAAAUUGAACCUAAAGAAGGUGAAGGCCAAGAAGAUGUUAAUGAUGAAAAUAACGAAAAUGAAAAGGAAGUAACAGAGAAUGAAGAAGGUAAUGAGGAAAAAGAAGCAAAUCAAGAUGAAGAAAACCAAGAUGAUGCUUUCGAUCCCGAUUUACCGCCCCUAGCCCCAGUUGUGGAGAUAAAUGAAGAUAUGCAAACAAACUCUUAUAACAGCGAGAUUAAUGAAGAAGAAGAAUUAGAACUUGACGAUUCAGCCGACCCUAAUGACGUAGUCGAUGGCGAUGAUAAGGAACUCGAUCCAGAUAAACAGUACGUCACCAAAACGCAAAAGGAAUUCAUCCAAAAAUAUCGCGACAUCAUCGAACAGAUCAACACUAAAAGAUGUCUUUGCUGCAAUAAAGAACACCCGAGAAGAAAAGCAGUUAUACAACAUUUGCAGAAAAAUGGACACAAAGUACCUAAACAUACUUGUUACAAUUGUGUCGUAACCUUCACUCACAUAGGUGCUCUGCUAAGUCACAUGAGAUCAAAUACUUGCACUGAUCUAUGGAAAAUAAUUUAUAAUGAAAAUGGUAUCAGUGAUGAUCAAGUUCUUGAAAAUGAACCAAAAGAUGUCAAAGUACAUUACAAAGAUAUAUUUAACGCUAGGUCCUAUGCUUGCAAGUUGUGUCCUGCAAAAUUCCAAUUGAAACAAUUUAUUAUGAAACAUGUGUUAGAUGUUCAUGAGGACGGCCAAUCACAGGUUCAUCUUGCUUGUGUGCAUUGUAGGUCGCGAUUCAAAGAUAAGAACAUGUGGAAGAAACAUAUUCGUAAUGGUGAAUGUACUGUUUACAUCGCCUGUGAUUUAUGUUCAGAGACGUUCCGCAAUAUGCAAGAUUUCAAUGAACAUGCUCUGGCAAUUCAUGCUGGUAGUUUUGAUCCUGAUAAUCAGAACAAAUGUGUGGACGGUCGUCCGUCUGAUUGCCCCAUUUGUGGUAAAAAGAACAGUGGCUAUGCAAAUUUAGUUAAGCAUUUGAAGAUAAUACACAAUGAAGAGAAACCGCAUUACUGUCAACAUUGUGAUUCAAAAUAUGAGCUAGCCACCGAUCUAAACAAGCACAUCUACAUGGAGCAUUCUGAUAAGGUUUUAGGAGUGCAGUCCUCGGAGCCAGACAUGUCGCUUGUAAAAGAAGAGACAGAAGAAUACCAUUAUUCAUGUACAGAAUGUAAUGCCAUAUUCGAAACUGUCGAUGCAUGGACUGAUCAUCAGGUUGCAGAACAUAAUCAAAUCGCGCAUCAUUGCGACCAAUGUGAAAAGAAAUUCCUAAGACCAUCUGAGCUGGCAGAGCAUAAAAAUAGUCACUUGCGCGUCAAGUUGUACCCGUGUAGUAUUUGUUCCAAUUCUUACAGUACGCCACAAAAGUUAGCGGAGCACGUUCAGCAGACUCACCCAGGAAUGGGAAUGGGCGCCGGAGAAACAGAAUUCUUCUGCGAUAUUUGUGUGAGAUCAUUCAAAAGUCGUCAGGCCUUCUCGAACCAUAUGCGUAUUCAUGCUAAAGUGCCCUCUACUAAGAGAAAGUCUGGAGAGCCUAAAAGUUUUGCUCCACAAAUUAUUGGUAAACCAAUUCGUCAUUUCUCUAUGGUACAACCUGGAUUUAGUCCAUUUAAACCCAAUUGUAAUGUACCAAACGCACCUUAUUCGUGUGAUAUUUGUGGAAAAGGAUUUAUGCACAAGAAAAACAUCUGGAAGCACAAGAAAGUUCUGCAUGCAGAUAUUUUGAAUGAAAGAAAUGACAGUGAGGAGAACACUAUGCAUGCAUCCACAGAAGAUGACGAAUACAAUCCCGAUGAAAAUGGAGCGAUUUUAUCUACGCCACAGUUCAACAGCUUCAAUUUUGCGAAUCUUGCAACUAGCAUGCAGCCAGCGCCUUCCCAGGAUGCAAUGCCAUAUUCCUGUGACCUGUGCUAUAAGCGAUUCCCUCUAAAAACAAGCCUGUGGAAACAUAAACGUGCUAAGCAUGGAAUUAUUAACGCGAGCGCCACAGACAAUUCGGUAGAAGUUAACAAUAGUAGAUCCAGUUGUACCAUAUGUAAAAUUUCGUUCACCGACAAAAAAUCAUACUACAGGCACAGGAAAAAUGUCCACAAGUCGACUGUUCAAAUGUGUAAAAUAUGUGGCAAGCCAUUGAAUUCUACUCUAGAGCUCUAUGAACAUUUAAAGUCUGCUCAUGCACGGGAAUUGUUAGGCUACAACGCUAGCCAAGGUCCUAGUAAAGCUCAAGAUAUUAGUCAAGAAAUGGAACUCGAAUACGAGCCAGAGCCGGAACCCGUGGACCCGAGUGCGGACUACCAAGCUCGAUACCCGUGCGACACGUGCGGGAAACAAUUCGUUGGCUUGCUCGCCUUACAAAACCAUCAAUGUAUCAAUCAAGUUACACAACAACCUCAGACUUUCGAUUGUGAAAUUUGCCACAAGAGUUACACCUCCAUCGCUGCACUCAAGAGUCACCGUGGAUGGCACUUGCGCUCGCCCGACGGCAAGGCCGCCGCGAACAACAGCGGCUUGUGGAUGCCGCAAAACAAAGUAACGAGUAAAGUCAGUAAAUAUGAAGUCGUCGACCCGUCUCAGUUAGCCCGCGUGUCGCACACGACUACCAGUCCGGCCUCCAUUGCCAAGCGAAGGCUACCGCCAGAAGUGGAGGUGACCGUCGUCAAUCCGAACAAAAAAAUGCGAUCGGAUGAUUCUAUCGAAAUGGACCAGCAGAUUUCAUCCAGCGGAGCGGACGACAGAUACUGUAAUAUAUGCGAUCGCGAAUUUACGAAACGAGCAGCCUAUCAGCGCCACAUGGACGAGGUGCAUCAACCGAACUCGGUGUUUUGUCCCGUCUGCGACAAGAGUUUCACGCGAAAGUCCACUUUAAUUGUGCAUAUGAAGAAGCACUAUGACACCGGGGAAGGUAGUUCGAGUAUGACUCUUCAAGAGGACGAUAAUAAUUCGUGCGAAGUGUGCGGGGAGCAAUUCGAGAGCGCUAAAGCGUUGAACAUGCACCGCGAGACGCAACACGGUGAUGAGGAAUCUAACGAAUCUGAAGAUGACGGUUCGGUGCCGCUCCCGCAGCCCGGAGAGUUCACGUGCGGACAGUGCGGGGACGGGGUCGCCACUCCUCGCGAUCUGAUCGCGCACAGAACUAUGCACUCGACGCCCACUAAAUUCUUCUGCAAUAUUUGCAAGGUAUACUUUGCAAGAGCGAUCGACCUGUCUUCGCACACGCGAGCCAGGCAUUCUGAUAAUGAAAAAGUUUUCUUCCCUUGUGCUAUGUGCGACCGUUUCUAUAUGAAUAAGAAGAGCUUACAACGGCACAUCGAAAUGGCUCACUGAUGUUAACUUUCAAGCUGGUUGAACACCAGCUGGUUUGAAUAUUGUCUUUUCAAGUGAAAUGACUGGACGUUACUAGUGAGGUGGAAAUUGAUAUGUUUAAUGUAAAUAAGCGUUUUUUAAUGAUUUCUUACCUUAGGAAAAGGUAUUUUUAACUUUUAUUUUGUUGUCAUUCCUUGUCUUGUUUGGUUUUGUAUUAUGGUAAAUAAUUUUUAAUUUUAAUUAAUAUCUGCUCAUAUCUUGUGUUAUUUAUUUAACUUUCAAUUUAGCGAUUGAAGUGACUCAAUAAUUUGAUUUUGAUUAUUAACUAUGAAGGUGUAAGUUAGGCCUUGAAUACUAAGCCGAAUAAGUUAAUUGUUAUUUCGUAUUUUUUAAUUAAGCGAAGUGAUUAUAUCUAUUUCUGUAUUUUAAAUACUGAAAUAACGGGCCAAAAUUUUCAUAUAGUCAUUUAAAUGUUUUGUUUUUAUGUAAGUGAUGUUUUGUCUUUGAAUUAAUAAGGGCAAGAUAAAUUAAUUUAAUCUUGGUGAGUUCUUAAUAAUAAUAAUAACUAGGUUCUUUUAUUAUUAUUGUAAAUAGUUCGAUGACUACAAAUUAGGGAUAUUGAGUUUUGAUUUAAAGAGUAAUUUUAAGUUCCAUUAAAAUGUACUGAUUAUUUUAUAGCAAUUCAACUUGUAUAUUUUUUACGAAUAAGUUAACCACAAAAAUGCAUCAUCUCCUCAUCUAUGAUAAUUAUUCGGCCUAAUCAUCUGUUUUAAAAAUAUGGUUUCAGAUCAAUUCACAACUUAAAUCAAGUGAAAUUAAAUGAUGCAUUAUUUUAACGUCUUAAUUAUUAAUUUUAAUCAACCAAUUUAAUCAUUUAUUUAAUCUAAAUCUUAUAUACCGCAACAUAUUUUACAAAUAACAUCAUCUCUUUGAUUCUCUACGAAGACAUAAUUAGAAAUAAAUUAAAAUACUAAGAUUUAAAUCAACCACAUAAAAAUAAUGAUGUAUAUUUUGAGCGACAUAUAUGCUAUGUGCAGUAUGUAUCUAACUAGAUUCUCAAAGACAUAGUGCCUUGUUGAUUGUGUCCUCAUGAUUUUAAAUUUUAAUUUAUAAUGUAACCCCUCAUACAUAUUGGUAACUCUUUUAUUGAAUCGCUAGGUAUGUAAUGUUUAUUAAGGAAAAAGUCUGAUUUAUAUACUUUUUUACAUCAUGGAAUUGCCAUUGGAAAUAAAACCAAAUUGUAAUAUAUUUAUUGAUCUCUCCUUUUAUUCGGCUGUAAAUUGUGUUUUAAUCAUUGUUACUUUACAAGUUAUGUAUAUCGCUAUAAAAUUAGUGUCCAUAGAUGAGGUUUUUACUUUGUCAUCUUUGUGGUUUCACAAAUAAAGUGACUUAAUAAAA